CCAAUUUAUUCACGAAAAAGGAAAGCAGCAGAAGAAAAAAGCAAAAUUAGAAAACCAAAGAAAGUGCCUGGGAAAGCCCUACACCUUACACAUUAGCAGCAUUUCUCUACCAACUACACUGAAUAUUCUCUAAUUAGUGGUACCCGCCGGGAAACUUCAUCUUUUCCGGUCACCGGUUUCUGGUGUCGAACGAUGAUGCCAGAGUCAACGGAUGAUUCAGACAAAGCCAACACUAACCGUGAGAGUCAAGUAAAGGAAGACAGCGAGUAUGUGAGGCUUGUUAUAAGAAAUGAAAGAACAUCUGAAGUUGAAACUUCACAAUCCCAAUCACUGUCCAGAAGAGAGUCUAUUAUAUGGUGGAUCAAGGCCAUCAUUGGGUGUAUUUUCACUGUGAUAAUUCUACUAGUUUUCAUAAAGUGGGGAGCGCCCUUUCUUUUUCAGAAGAUUCUAAUUCCAGUCCUACAAUGGGAAGCCACUGCAUUUGGCCGUCCAGUGCUUGCUCUCGUAAUUGUAGCUUCUUUGGCACUGUUCCCGGUAUUCCUAAUUCCUUCUGGACCAUCAAUGUGGCUCGCUGGGAUGAUCUUUGGAUACGGACUUGGAUUUGUUAUUAUAAUGGCUGGAACAACAGUUGGGAUGACCUUGCCAUAUUUUGUUGGUUUGCUUUUCCGAGAUAGAAUUCAUCAAUGGUUAAAGAGAUGGCCUCAGAAGGCAGCCAUGAUUAGACUGGUGGGAGAAGGGAGUUGGUUUCAUCAAUUCCGUGUGGUUGCAGUAUUUAGGAUUUCGCCAUUUCCGUACACAAUCUUCAAUUAUGCAGUGGUAGUGACAAAGAUGAGGUUCUGGCCUUAUUUUUGUGGAUCUAUAGCAGGAAUGAUUCCGGAAUCCUUCAUUUAUAUCUACAGUGGUCGGCUAAUGAGGACGUUUGCGGAUGUGCAAUAUGGGAACCAUCACCUGACUAGAGUUGAGAUUGUCUAUAAUGUUAUUUCAUUCAUUAUAGCAGUCAUCACUAUAGUGGCUUUCACAGUCUAUGCCAAGAGGACACUGAGUCAACUUGAAAGCGAAGAAGAAAACAAUGGUGAAGGCUCUGCCUCUAACCGUGGGAGGUUAGAAAUGGAACCUCUCCCAAUGGAAAACUCCAAGCACCCUAGUUUUUGCUCAACUUUGUAGUAAGAGGAAUGUUGACCCUCGACUCUGUCUAGGGAACUAGUGUAAAUAAUUUGAGCUAGAGGGGCGUGUUUUAAAUAUCCCUCCAUAUUUGUAUCUAGAAAUCGAAAGAUGCUUAUCGAGAAAAAAAAAAAAUGGUGUUAUGUAACUAGAGCUGAUGCCUGACUAAUUGAUCCUGGAAAAUGAACACAACAUUUGAUUGUGGAGCAUGAACAUCUCUCCCUCUCUCUCAGCGCAAAGACAACCCGUUUACUCUUAAAAGAAUAAAUAAAUGUUCAUUCUUAUUAUGUUCA